GAUUGAGUUCACCCUUAGCGAGUUUGCAGAUGACACAAAGCUGAGUGGUGCAGUUGAUAUACUUGAGGGAAAGGAUGCCAUCCAGGGGGACCUUGACAGGCUUGAGAAGUGGACCACUGUGAACAUCAUGAAGUUCAACGAGGCCAAGUGCAAGGUCCUUCACUUGAAUCAGGGCAGCCCCCAGUGUCAGUACAGUCUGGAUCAUAAAUUGAUUGAGAGCAGCCCUGCAGAGAAGGACUUGGGGAUACUGAUUGAAUGCUCAAGUAUAUCUGACUACUCAGAAAAAAUUAUCAAGGCCAACCACUUGGACAACAUAAUCACAAUAUUUAAAGGUAAAGUGGAAGAAGUUGAAUUACCUGUGGAUAAAGUAGACAUCAUCAUCAGCGAGUGGAUGGGUUACUGUCUGUUCUAUGAGUCAAUGUUAAACACGGUCAUCUUCGCACGAGACAAGUGGCUGAAACCUGGAGGGCUAAUGUUUCCAGACCGAGCUGCUUUGUACGUGGUAGCAAUUGAAGACAGACAGUACAAGGACUUCAAAAUUCACUGGUGGGAGAAUGUGUACGGCUUUGACAUGACCUGUAUUAGGGAUGUUGCCAUGAAGGAGCCUUUGGUGGACAUAGUAGAUCCAAAGCAAGUGGUGACCAAUGCCUGUUUAAUAAAGGAAGUAGAUAUUUAUACAGUAAAGACCGAAGAAUUGGCAUUUACUUCUGCAUUCUGCCUCCAAAUUCAGCGUAAUGAUUACAUUCAUGCCUUGGUCACCUAUUUUAAUAUCGAAUUUACCAAGUGUCAUAAGAAGAUGGGAUUUUCUACAGCACCUGAUGCUCCCUAUACUCACUGGAAGCAAACUGUCUUCUACUUAGAGGACUAUUUAACUGUGAGACGAGGAGAAGAAAUCUAUGGGACUAUAUCCAUGAAACCAAAUGCAAAAAAUGUGCGUGACCUGGAUUUCACAGUAGACUUGGAUUUUAAAGGACAGCUAUGUGAAAUGUCAGUAUCUAAUGACUACAAAAUGCGCUAGCAAGAAACCUUGUAGAGAGAUGAAAAGAAGAAUUUUAUCAAGUCCUGAACUGCUGAACUUCAAGCUAGGAACAACUGUUCACAAGAUUAUUAAAUACUAGAAUGUUUACUCUGAUGGGGAGUGAUAACCUGAUCCUUCGUGCAGACAGUACAGGGGGCUGGGAUCCCACUGUGAAUGUACAGUAUACAGAACUGUAGCUUUUGUCAAACAUAUAGAAAAAAUAAGCAACAGUCUUGAGUGUUCUGGUUAACUUUAGGAUGGCAGAAGAUGCAUCUACAAAUUGUACUACUUACUGUGAAUUUCUGGUUCUUCCAAGCUUUGCAUGUUAAAGAUGAUUAGGGCAGUUUUCUCACUAUGAAAGACCACUACAGCACAUUACUGUGAUAGUAUUACUGGACUUAUAUUCAAUAUAAAUGAAUAUAUAUAUUGUA